GCCACUUGAUGUACCUUAGCCUCACUGCCAUUGCAAUCUUGAGUAAUAAAGUAUCCGUCGGUGUCGCGACUUCCUGUUUUGUUUGUUUGGUUAGUCAUAAUGUAAACACAGGGUCCCUUCAUUUCCACAACUGGACCUUGUCGAAACACUCUCACCGUACACCCAACAACGCUCCACUCACUGCACGCGGAAUCUUUGAACGCCCAAAAAGGCUAGUAACAUGGCCGCCGAUGACCAGUCACAGGUGCCCAGCGAGAUCGUAUGCGACUCGCUGGCGAAGACAGAGCCCAUGUCCUCACCUCCACCUUUGAUCGCAGAUGCGCCCAAGGCGAUCAACCAUGGGGAAACCAAUGGCCAGCAGAGCGAUGCUGAUUCCCUUCGUAGUGAGUCAAUGCCUAUUGUUAUACAUUACUUCUCUCACUUGGGUACAGGUGAACUGCAACUGUCCUUCUUGGAAUACUCCACGCUCGAGGAUCGUUUCAAGAAACUUCAGCGUCAGCACAGCGAGCUCCAAGACCUAGCCUCCGCAUACAUCGAGGUCAUUGGAGGCUUCUCUUCUACAGGCGGCUCGAUGGUAUCCAUCGACCAGCUGCAGGCAGAGGCUGGUCGUGAGGGCCUGAGAACAAAAGCCAUCGAGGCCGACAUGUUCAGAUCGCUCGUCGGAGAAGCGGGUGGGUUGUCGGCCUUGAUGUCCCAGACGAACACGAUGAAAAUGCUUGUUGACAACGUAGGGGGACCUCGAGAGCUCGAGCAGUUUGUCUCGGAUCUUCGCACGAUUCGAGACGUACUGUGUGAUUUCAAGGGCUCUCAAGGUCUCGUCGGGUUCGCUUCGGAAAUUGGAGAUCUGCUCAGAAGCAAGCACAUCUAUGCUGAGCUUCAGUCUGAGGUACUGGGACCUGAGGGUCUAAAAGUCAGGGCUGCCAAGUACGAGAAGCUCGUUCAGGCUUUCAACGAUGUACAGAACGCCACAUCAUCCAAGCGAUCAUUUGCCGGCACUGACACCAUGAACCCAGCCCGAGCUCGCAUGAUCUUAUCCACGCCUCUCGAGGCUGACCCGGACCGUGAUUUGUAUGAGGCACCACUGGCAGUAACAAAGCGAAACAAUAAAACCGGAUCGAACAACACCCCAUUGGGAGCCUCUCAGAUACAGCCUGUGCUGAAACGGAAGGGGCUUGAUAACAGUGCACCAGGCAUUCCGGCGAAGCGCCCUCAAAUCGACCUCGGACAGGCCUCGGCCCUUAUACGGGCCUCUCUACCUGCUACCACCAAUAAAUCUACGAGACGAGACUCGAGUCAGUCGAUUGUGAGUAACAGCCGAGCUGUGCCUUCAGCGCUCCGGGCGGGUCGGGCUAUGAGUACAAGCAAUGUAUUGGGAGCCGGAGAUUCUCGGCCUCAAGUACAGACAACUACAGCUUUACUCAAGUUGCCCGACUGGAUGCGCUCGGAUGUUGGCUUUGGAGAUGUAGGACUGACUUCCACGCCUGGAAUGCCUAGGUUUUCGUCCAUGCCACCAAGUCAAGACAACUAUACGAGAUCAGGCUCCGUCUGCUUUUCUGCAGGUAUUCCGAACAAGACACCGUCUUUCUCAAUGCGUCAGCCUCAAGGAAUGCAAACAGUAUUGCAGGCGACAGCAGCAACUCGGCCCGAGUCUCGCCACCGACUGACUGUACGCGAAGACUACCUUAUACACGAAGUUGCAUGCUGGGUGGGCGCAUCGGAUGCCUCUGUAUCCUGGGAGGGUUGUGGUGCUUCCUUGAAGAGAAGCGUUCAAAUCCCCAGUGAUCUGCUCGCAACUUUUGCCGAAGAACUCUUCAGGCACAUUCCAACGGCGAAGCAUAGUAUGUAUGAGACGAUGGCACCUAACCAGUCCACAUGUGUUCUUAGGUAAGCAAGCACUUGCAAAGCAGAGGUAUCCACUGACAUUCGUAAAGUUUCCUAGUCGAUGGCCACAUACCCUCCGGUUUGGCAG